CGCUAUGGACUAGACCUCGUCACACUGGACAUUUUCAGUCUUUUUGGGGCGGACGGUGGGGGGGUGGGGGGUGGAGUCAUGCGCGUUGAGACAUUCUGUCAUCCAUGUCACUCAUUUCAGCAGAACAAUAACUAAACGUCCAUUUUAUGACAGAGCCAAGAUGCCGGGGACUACAAAUUGCCAUCUCGCGACAGCUGCGCUCACUGUGCUGCUGGUGUGUGUGUCGUCCUUCAACGUGGACCAGAAGAAUAGCUUGUCCUUCAAUGGCCCGCUGGAGGACAUGUUUGGUUACACCGUCCAGCAGUUUGAAAACAGCGAGGGCAAAUGGGUUCUGAUUGGAUCUCCACUGUCGGGCCAGCCGGCAAAACGUACAGGCGACGUCUACAAGUGUCCUGUGGGUAGGGGGAACAGCACAUGUGUUAAACUACAGCUCCCAGAAAACACCACCAUUCCCAAUUUACACGAAGUCAAGGAGAACAUGACUAUGGGAACCACGCUCGUGUCCAAUCCCAGCGGCGGAUUCUUGGCAUGUGGUCCGCAGUAUGGUUACAUGUGCGGUCAGCAGCAGUACAUCUCGGGGGUUUGCGCCAACGUCAGUUCGUCCUUCCAGGUUCUCAGCUCGGUGGCACCGGGUGUUCAAGAGUGUGCCAAGGAGCUGGACAUCGUGAUUGUCCUGGACGGCUCCAACAGCAUCUACCCGUGGACCAGCAUCAUUGAUUUCCUGGUUCGCUUCAUCGAGAACAUUCAAAUCGGACCCAAACUCUCGCAAGUAGGCAUUGUGUCCUAUGGCGAGACAGUGACCCACCGCGUCAACCUGAGCCAGUUCGACAACACUGCCGACCUGCUGGAUUUCGUACGUGAGCUCCCACAGCAGACCGGCUUCAAAACAAUGACUUUCCUGGGCAUUGACACUGCCAGGAGGGAGGCGUUCAUGCCGGAGCGAGGUGCCCGACCUGGCGUGAAGAAAGUGAUGGUGAUCGUGACCGAUGGAGAAUCGCAUGAUUUCCACAACCUCAACCCGGUCAUCGGUGACUGCGAGGAGGAUGGCAUCGAGAGGUUUGGCAUCGCUGUUCUGGGUGACUACAACCGACAGAACAAGAGCGCUGAGGAAGUGCAGAAAUUCAUCAAGGAGAUCGCGUCCAUCUCUAGUCAGCCACUACGUGAUCACUUCUUUAACGUGUCAGAUGAGGUGGCGCUGUUGACCAUCGUGGAUGCGCUGGGCAGCAAGAUCUUUGCCCUGGAAGCUACGACCGGCAAUUUCACCUCGUCAUUCGACAUGGAAAUGUCGCAAGCUGGGUUUAGCGCACAUGCUUCCAAAGACGGCUUGCUACUGGGAGCAGUGGGAGCAUAUGACUGGAACGGCACUGUGAUAAUGUACAACGGCGAGGGAGCCAUUUAUCCAGACAAGAACCAUUUCUUUGACCCUGAAAGUGAAGCCGGGUAUGAAAGACUGGCCGGCUAUCUUGGUUACGACGUCCAGUCGGCGUCCACCCCCGAUGGGGUGCUGUACAUAACGGGGGCGCCGCGGUACAACCACACGGGCCGCGUUGUCAUCUACCGGCUGAAGGACAAGGACGUUGUCAUCUCGCAGACGCUCGGAGGGGAACAGAUCGGUUCGUACUUUGGCAGCGUGCUGCAGACUCUGGACGUGGACGGCGACUCAUACACAGACCUCCUGUUGGUGGGCGCUCCCAUGUUCAUGGGCUCCGACAGAGACGAGCAGGGCCAAGUGUACGUCUACAAGCUCAAGCAGGACGGCCACUUUGCCCACGAAUUCACGCUAAAGCCAGUCAACCAGUCAUGCUGCAGCGUCAGCUCGUCCGGCUGCACACACAAAAACGAGCCGUGCGGCGCCCGUUUCGGCACGGCCAUCGCCGCCGUGUCUGACCUCAACCUGGACGGCUUCAACGACGUGGCCAUAGGAGCGCCCUUCGAGAACGACCACAGAGGGGGCGUGUACAUCUACCACGGCGACAGCAAGCGGUCGCUCAAAGAGAAGUUUGUGCAGCACAUCCCAGCGGGUGGAAAUGACGAUAAGAUGAAGUUCUUUGGUCAGUCCAUACAUGGAGUCAUGGAUCUCAAUGGAGACGGAAUCACCGAUGUGACUAUCGGGGGACUCGGAGGGGCAUCAUUGUUCUGGUCCAGAGAUGUGGCGGCGCUCCGUGCCAACAUGACGUUCGACCCUGCCAAGAUCAACCUGCAGCAGGCCCAGUACCAGUGCGAACACCUGGGACGCAAAUCUGUGUGUGUUACCACAGAUGUGUGUUUCGUCUACAGCGUCAAAUCCGACAAGCAGGAUCUGAAGACCAAAGCAGUGAUUCGUUACGACCUAACUCUGGAUGCUCUGCGGGCGAAAGCCAGGGCUUCUUUUGUCAACUCGGACGACAAGAGCGACCGACGGAUUUCCAGAACGAUUGCCGUGGAGGACCGACGGAGGACUUGCGCAAGGGAGAUGUUCAUGAUGUCGGCCCGACUGGACUUCCGUGACCCUCUCAUGGUGUCGCUGGACUUUGGACUGGUCAACGAAGACCAAGGCCCGGUCCUGGAUGAAAGCCUGCCCACGUCCAUUAACAAGACGAUUCCCUUGGUGGACUGUGGCAGCGACCAGCGGUGCAUCGCUGACCUCUCCCUCCAAGCAGAGCCCAGCGUAACAGGCUUGGUGAUCCGAGCCAAGAAGGACAAACUGGACGUGAACAUCCGCGUGAGAAACAGCAAAGACAACGCCUACAACACCAAAGUGGUCGUCAGCUUCACGCCAAACAUCAACUACGUCAAAGUGGAGCCGGACAAAGACUGCACUCUGAAUCACACCAAAGUGGAAUGUGCUGUGGGGUACCCCUUCCUGGGGAGCGAUGUGGAGGAAGCUUUCAAGGUAAAGUUCGAGGUGAAUCCUAAUCACAUCCAUCACAACAUACAAAUCAACGUGACAGCCACAAGCGAUAGCGAAGAGCUUACCUCCACCCUCAACGACAACACGGUGCACAUCUCCAUCCCCGUCAAGUACGAGGCCGGGCUCGUGUUCACUGUGCGUCCAGUGGACGAGCAUGUGGUGGUGAAAGAGGGCGAGCAGUUCUUGGGUAUGUUCAACGACACCCGCAUGAUCGGCGAGGAGGUCAACAUCAGCUACACAGUGGAGAAAGCAGGUGAUAAGGUGACUCCUCCCCUUGAUCUGAAGGUGACCUACCCUGAGCUGUCGCCUCGUAACAAUUACUUGCUGUACUUGACGCACGUCAUCACCAGCCCGCAGAUGAAAUGUGACGCGGCCGCUUUGAUCAACCCUCUUAAUCUCAACCCGGACGUCAUAAAACCCAAUCCAAACAAAGAAACGCUCAGCGUCUUUCUUCUGAGCUGCGACAACCUUCCGUGCGCCUCGUUCAAAUGCUUCAUCCCGGAGGCCAAAAUCAGUCAGGUCAACAUUACCUUCAGAGUGUGGAAGCCCACAUUCAUCAAGGCGGACUUUUCCAGUCUGUACAUGCUGGUGAACGCCACCCUGGGGAGCAGAAACACAGAUCUAUUUGUGCUGAGCACCAGUGACAGCACCAGAACUGUGAAGAUCCAAGUCUCCAAGGAGAGCUCAGGGGGAAUCCCUAUAUGGAUCAUCAUCAUCAGCAUCCUUAUAGGUCUUCUCAUUUUAGCGCUAGUCAUCUUCGCUCUGUGGAAGAUGGGCUUCUUUAAGCGAAAAUCCCGGGAGUUGUCCAAGGAGGAAAUGAUGGAUUGAGGCUUACACGCGAACAGGAAGUGAGCGCCACUUCUGGAGUCACUUAAAAAAAAAAAAAAAACUUUGAGUGUGUGACGACACACGACUACCUUGGAGUGCAAAAAGCCAUUCAACGGAGCCCAUCACUGAUACGGGCAAAGUCCAUGUUUGCAUUUGGACUGUUAUGCACUUCAAUUGGAAAAAAAGAAUGCACUUUUUUUGCUAUGACCAUCCAAAGUGGCCACAUCACCACGUGUGCUGUACAGACUCUAUAUGACAGGGAUGGGGCACCUUUUUCUUAUUUCAGUUUCCGUAAAGUGUUGUAUCAUUAUCAGGCUCUUGGAAUCACUGUUUAUUGUUAUUCACCUGAUUCAUCGACUUUUGGGGGUGUCAGCAUGGCCAAAGUCUUACCAAUUUUGGCACACACGAGUAUCCUGGUGAAAAUACACAUAUUUUAGGGGUCCCAGACAUUGUUUCUAAAACCUCACUCUGUAGUGUCCCCUAAAAAUGUUAAAACAAAAUAGCCCCCAACCCCAGUCUCACAGAGCCACACGAAAUAUGGUGAACAUGUCUCCCAUGACGGCAUGGUGGUCGACUGGUUAGCACACCUGACUGGGGUUCAAAUCCCGGGUCCCUCUGAGGAGUUUGCAUGUUCUCCCCGUGCCUGUGUGGGUUUUCUCCGGGCACUCCCACAUCCCAAAAACAUGCAUGGUAGGUUGAUUGAAGACUCUAAAUUGCCCUUAGGUGUGAAUGUGUGCGCGAAUGGUUGUUUGUUUAUACGUGUCCUGCGAUUGGCUGGUGACCAAUUCAGGGUGUACCCCGCCUCUCGCCCGAAGUUAGCUGGGAUAGGCUCCAGCACGCCCGCGACCCUUUUGAUGAUAAAGCGGUACAGAAAAUGGAUGGAUGGAUGUCUCCCAUGACAGGACGCACAAAAAGGUCUCACAGACCCAUGCCUGGAAUUGAACAGGAAGUCACCCACUUUGGGUGAAUUACAUUAAAAAGGUGCCUAAAAUUUGUAGAAGAAGAAGAAGAAUCAUCUUUUAUUGUCAUGAACAUGCAUGCAUGCACAGGAAAUUUGUUCUCUGCAUUUAAGAGAGCAAUUAGCCCCUCACACCAGUGUUACUCAUCAACAUGAAACUGGGUGGACAUGUUGAUCACGACAGGAUGCACAAAAAAGUCUCAAAGAUCCGUGACCAAAAUUAAACAAGAUGUCGGCCAUUUUUAAUGAAUUACUUGAAGAAGGUGCCAAAAAAGAUGGGGGGGGGGGGAAAUUGCCCAUAACACCAGUUUCACCGAUCAGUAUGAAAUUGGGUGGCCAUGUCGCUCAUGGCAGGACAAGGACCCAUGCCUGAAAUUGAACAGUAAAUUGGCCAUUUUGAGUACAAAAAAGUGCGUAGAAAUUUAGAGAGAGAGAAAAAAUAGCCCCUGACACUAGUUUCACCGAUCAACACGAAAUUUGAUUGACACGUCUGUUUUGACAUUAAGCACAAAGCCAUUCUGGGUGAAUGCUUUGAAAAAGGCACCCUAGAAAGACCCAGACAGCAGUUUUACCAAUCAAGAUGAAAAUAGGUGGAUAUGUCUAUAGCAAGACACAUAAAAAGUCUCAAGGACCCGUACCCAAAAUUGGAAAGUCUGCCAUUUUGGUUUGAAACAGCCACUUUGGACCUGGAUGCUCAUACUCUCCUGCGAGAGAAUUCGCCCUGAAGGGCUGCUCCAGACUUCCUGUUUUAUUUCCAGCAUGGGACCUUGCGACUUUUUGUAAAAGAGGGUGCGAGGGCCCGUCCAUCGCUGUACACAGCUUUAAUGAAAUAUCCUCAUCAUUGGUGCGUUAAAUGUUUUUUCCUGUUGUGGCUGCAGGUUUCCCCACCCCAGAGACACUGUAUGUAUAUUUGAACAUUUUCCAGCAUGCUAGCAUCAUGGCACAUUUCUUCACAUCCUGUUUUUUUUUUUUUUUUUUUAUAUAUUUUAUUUAGCCAAAAAAUCCAACUAUUUGUAUGUCCUUUUUGUUUGGUCUUUUUUCUUUAAUCCCAUAACCUCCGACUGUACUGUAAAUAUCACAAAAUUUAAGCUUCAAAAUGUACAUAAAUGUAUCUUUUUUUUGGCUGUCGUUGCUGCAAUAAUUCAUGUAAUUUAAGAGACGUCGCCCACAAGCCUUGUUUUUGUACUCAGGUAUUAUGACAUAUGUUAUAACGUAGACACUAAUUAGACGUAGAUGACGUUUUUUUUUUUUUAAAGUUCUUUGUCCGUUUUCACCUAUUUGCAUAGAUAGACUAAAUGUGGUCUGGAAUCACUUAUUUUCUUUUCUAAGAGCUCAAAGCAAAACGAACGACACUGCUGUGAAGUCUUCAAUGUGAUGAUGCACUGGUUUGUUUUGUCGAGCUGUCUCACUUCCUGGUCAACACACACGAACUGAAUGAAUGCUCUGUAUGAAAUAAAAGCUUUUUUUUUUUUUUUUUAA